AUGACUUCAUUGGUGAAAAGUAACGUUGAUGAAAGCCAAAAGCUGAAGGGAACUGUGGUGUUAGUGCAAAAGAAUGUGCUGAGCUUUAAUGCCCCCGCUGCAGCUCAAAGCUUUGGUGGUAUCAUCGGAAGAACCAUCGAUAUUAGUGGUGAUAUCGAUGGUUCUAUAGUUGAUCCCGCCACUUCAUUCUUGGGAAAUUCGGUGGCUCUCAGAUUGAUUAGUGCUACAAAGGAUGAUGGAAAUGGGCAAGGAAAAGUGGGAAAGCAGACAUUUUUGGAAGGUGUUCUCACUUCCAUACCAACUUUGGAAGACAAACAAACUGCUUAUAGUAUUCAUUUUGAAUGGGACCAUAAUAACAUGGGAGUUCCAGGAGCUUUUUAUAUUGAGAAUUUUAAGCAAGAUGAAUUCUUCCUUGUGAGUUUGACACUUGAGGAUGUUCCAAAUCAUGGAACCUUAAACUUUGUUUGCAACUCAUGGGUUUACAAUGUUGUAAAGUACAAAACUGACCGCAUCUUCUUCACCAAUAAGACAUACCUUCCAAGUGAAACACCGCUUCCAUUAGUGUACUAUAGACACGAAGAAUUGAAGACUUUAAGAGGAGAUGGAACUGGAGAGCGCAAGGUGUGGGAAAGAAUAUAUGAUUAUGAUGUCUACAAUGAUUUGGGCGAGCCAGACAAAGAUGCUACCUUGGCUCGUCCAGUUCUUGGGGGAUCAAGCACCAUGCCUUACCCUCGAAGGGGAAGAACAGGCAGAGAACCAACCAAGGAAGAUCCAAAGACGGAGAGUAGGAGUGGAUAUUUUUACAUUCCAAGAGAUGAAUUACUUGGCCACACGGAAUCCUCAAACUUUCUUGUUGACAUACUAAAAUCAGUAUCUCAAAAUGCCAUACCUCAAUUAAAAUCUCUAGGUACAUUGAGAGAAGAUCAACCUGAGUUUAACUCCUUCGAAGAUGUACUCUCACUCUUUUAUGGUGAAUCAAGUGUUUUUUCAGUACCAAAAGUGAUUGAAGUGGAUCAUUCGGCAUGGAUGACUGAUGAGGAAUUUGCAAGAGAGAUGAUUGCUGGUGUGAAUCCAAACGUCAUCACAAAAGUUCUGGAGUUUCCACCAAAGAGCAAGGUAGAUAGAAAACUCUAUGGUGACAAUACCACCACAAUAACUAAAGAACAGUUAGAGCGAAACAUGGGCGAGGUCAAUGUAGAACAGGCUAUCCAAGACAAUAGAUUGUACAUACUUGAUCAUCAUGAUGCAAUAAUGCCAUAUUUGGGGAAGAUCAAUGCAACUGGGGCAAAGGCAUAUGCUACAAGGACCUUUCUUUUUUUGCAAGAUGAUGGAACUUUGAAGCCAUUGGCCGUUGAGCUAAGUAAGCCAAAUCUUCAAGGUGAUAGUCUUGGUCCUGUUAGUAGUGUUUAUUUGCCUGCAACUGAACGUGUUGAAACUUCACUUUGGCUCCUUUCCAAGGCUUACGUUGUUGUAAAUGACGCAUGUUAUCACGAGCUUAUCAGCCAUUGGUUGAAAACUCAUGCUGUUGUUGAGCCAUUCAUCAUAGCAACAAAUAGGCAUCUUAGUGUGGUUCAUCCUAUUCAAAAACUAUUACUUCCACACUACCGUAACACAAUGAACAUAAAUUCCGGUGCACGAAAAGCUUUGAUCAAUGCAGGAGGCACUAUAGAGUCAACAUACUUGUUAGGAGCUUAUAGUAUGGAAAUGUCUGCUGAUGUUUACAAAGAUUGGGUUUUCACUGAACAAGGGCUACCUAGUGAUCUAAUCAAAAGAGGAGUCGCUAUUGAGGAUUCAUCUUCUCCAUAUGGUCUCCGCCUUCUGAUAGAGGACUACCCUUAUGCUUCUGAUGGACUAGAGAUAUGGGGUGCUAUUAAGUCUUGGGUUGAAGACUAUGUGAAUUUCUACUACAAGUCAGAUGCAACUAUUGUACAAGAUUCUGAACUCCAAGCAUUCUGGAAAGAACUCGUAGAAGUGGGCCAUGGUGACUUGAAGAAUGCAACAUGGUGGUUUAAAAUGCAAACUCGUGAAGAGCUGAUUGAAGCUUGUACCAUCCUUAUAUGGAUUACUUCAACACUUCAUGCAUCUGUUAAUUUUGGACAAUAUCCUUACGGAGGAUACAUUGUUAACCGGCCAACUAAGAGCAGAAGAUUUAUGCCUAAGAAAGGAUCUCCUGAGUAUGAUGAGCUUAUUAAUGACUAUGAGAAGGUGUAUUUGAGUACAAUCACACCAAAGAAUGAGGCCCUUUUGAACAUGACCGUUUUGGAGCUAUUGUCAACGCAUGUUUCUGAUGAGCAAUACCUCGGACAGAGAAUUGAAGGUGAUCUUUGGACUUCUGAUUCACAACCAAUAGAGGCCUACAAGAGGUUUGGAGCAAAGUUGGCAGAAAUUGAGAAAAAUCUCAUUGAAAAGAACAAUGAUGAGUUAUUGACAAACCGAUAUGGACCUGUGAAGAUGCCAUACACUAUACUUUAUCCUUCCAGUGAAGCUGGAUUGACUUUUAGAGGCAUUCCCAACAGUAUCUCCAUCUAA